UUCAGAAAUGCUUUUGUGUUAAGAAAAAGUGUUCAUUUAUGUGGAAUUUCCUCGUGCAUUCUAAGAUGGUCCCCUGGGGAUCUAAAUUCUGGUGCUGCUACACAGUUGAUGGUCCCAAACGCUGGUAAAUUUUGAUCGAAAUUCAAAGCUGGGUAACUAGCCAAGCUAUUGCUGUUCAAUGCUUUUGAUAGACAACUGGAUCAGCGUUGAAAAGGAGAGGUUGUUGAAUUGUUCAUGUUCCUCUACUUGGACCAAGAAUGACUUAGAUAACAGUGAAGCUUGCAAAAUACUGGGUAGGUUCAGAUCAAGCAGACACUUUAAGCUGUGUCCGGGCAUCUCGGGUCCCAAUGAAGCAAACAAAGUUACGGAAGUAGAGAGUGACAAGUGCAGGAAGCCAAAGGAACAAAGAUAGCAAUGAUUACUAAAGUAUCCAAAGGCACCACACCAACAUGCAUUCAGAAUCAGUUUCAUCAGCACACCAUUCCAAACCCAACGACACUCAUCUCUCUUGGCAGAGCGAACUUGCUGCAGUACUUCAUAGCAAAUCUUUUAUAGCUUUUAUGCUUCCAGUUGAGUUUAACAUGACUUCACAAGACUCGCCUCCAAAUCCAGCUCUAAGUAGCGUGCACUCAUUCACUCUCUCAGACUCCAUUACCGAUCAAAACCAUUUCCAAAACCAGCCCUUUGAUGCAUAUGGGUCUUCAUUAAGAGGCCGCGAUCACACACUCCCUCAGUCCUUUGGUGUAUUUCCCAGCAUCCAAUCUCUUGGGGAAAGAAUGUCUAGAUCAAUAGAUCUUGUUCAAGCUUCUACUGUUGGGGAGGAAUCUGAGAUCAACCACACCCGACAUUUCAUGGAUCUUCUUGGAGCAGCAAAUGAGACCAAUCACCAAGCCCAGAGGCUGUCACUUUCUCUGGGCUCUCACGUGCUUGUUCCUUCUGUGCAAUACAGGCAGAGGUCCUUAAGUUCGGAUCUCCUAAGCCCCAGUUACUUAAUGUCUGGAGAAGAAUCACGUGAAGCCUGUAAUCCAGGAAUGGAACAUGUAAGCAACGGGUAUUCUUUCUUGGGCAGUGCAUUUGCUUCUUCUUCAAGCUCACUAAAUCGAACUUGUCCAACUUCAUAUGGAACAGAAUCUUUUGCUGCUGUUAUUCGGAACUCAAUAUAUUUAAGACCAGCUCAGUCCCUUCUGAAUGAAAUUGUUGAUGUCAGUGGAAAAGCAAUUGACAUUAGCAAUGGAAAAUAUAUUUCGAAGUUGUCUCGUGGAGGUAGAUUAGGAGCUCUUGGACUUUCUUCUGAACUAAAAGCAGAAUUGUACAGUAAUGGACUCUUAUCAGCUGAGAAGCAAGAGCUUCAAGUUAAAAUUGCAAAGCUUAUCUCCCUUUUGGAGGAGGUUGAUGGCAGAUUCGAUGAGUACUAUAGUCAACUGGAAGAAGUUGUAUCAUCAUUUGAGUUGAUAGCAGGUGUAGGUGCUGCCAAGAAAUACACUGCACUAGCUCUCCAAGCCAUGUCUAAGCAUUUCUGCAGCUUGAGAGAUGCCAUAGUCUCCCAAAUUAACAUCACAAAGAGAAAAUUCUUGCAGGCUUUUCCCAGAAUUAGCACGGGGUUAUCACAACUUAACUUGUUUGAUUCGGAAACUAGACAUACUCGAAUGUCCCUUCAACAGCUAGGAAUGAUCCAAAACCAAAGGCAAGCAUGGAGACCCAUCAGAGGGUUGCCUGAGACUUCUGUGACAAUCCUGCGCUCUUGGCUUUUUGAACACUUUCUCCACCCGUAUCCAAAUGACACUGAAAAGCUAAUGCUGGCAUCACAAACAGGCCUGACUAAGAGCCAAGUCUCAAAUUGGUUCAUAAAUGCUCGAGUUCGGUUGUGGAAACCCAUGAUUGAAGAAAUGUACAAAGAAGAGUUUGGGGACUCUGCAGAAGACUUGAACCCAUUAGCUGGCAAUUCCAUGACGAGGGAAGAUUUCACAGAUCAUGCAGAGGAUUGAACUGAGAUGGUUGAACCAACCAGGCUCAGAAUUUCUUCUACUUCAACAACACUGAGAGGAGUUAGUCUCUAAAGCAGCCUGUUGCAGUUGAGCAAGUUGGCUGCUAAAACCAUUGUCAAAACUGUGUCAUUGUCAGCAUGUUAGUUUUAAUUAGCAUUGGAAUAUGUUCUGGUUCUGUCCUUCUCAUGUCACUAACCCAAAUUGUUGGGUGGUGAAAUCUGUUUGUCAAACUGGCAAAUGUUGUAGAUUUUUCUGCCAAACUUGAGUUAGUGCAGUAAUUAUGAUUAAAAAAAAACCUGCAAAAUUAUAAAGGCU